AUGGAGAAAGCACAACAACGAAUGACGGAAUCUAUGGAAGAAUUUAUAGAUGAAAUCGAUAGAAAAUAUCUUCGUCGUAUUAAAAAAGAAAUGUUUGACUGUUCCUCUAGAUGUCUUGAUGAUAGAAGUUUAAAACGUACUGAAACCGAGAGUUGUAUUGAAUCAUGUAGUAGUAGUAUAGAAAUGGCUCAAAAAUAUUUUAAUAAAGAAUUAGGAACUCUUGGAGAACAAUUAAAUCGGUGUGUAAUGUCUGGUUACGACAAGACUGUUCAAAAAUAUGGUGAACCAAAAAAUAAUGAGGAAGCCAAAAAAAUACAAAAAUUGAUGGAGACUCAAGUAACUAAUUGUGUUAAUGAUCACAUAGCCUUACUACCAAAUAUUGAGAAAAAAUUUGUUAAUGAUCUUUAUAAUAAAUUAAAAUAA